UAAAAAACAAAUCAAUAUGACCUCACUGGAGCGAAGGUAUCAGCAAAGAUCUACAAUAUUCACAAACAUAUUUAAAGUUAAAUCUAAAUACAGAACCAGAUUAAAUAGUCGGAGAUUUAGACCUUAAUACGCUUGUCCGAACUGAAAAUAAGCAUCUGCAUGCCGUUUGAAAAGUCGAUUGACUUUUGCUUGGUCUAGUAUUCCAGUCCAUAAUAGUUAUUCGAGAGGAAUCGAAAGAUAUUGUCAUCAGAUCAAUCAUGGCUGUGGAUCUGGAUGUGGUGAACUUGUUUGUCAUUGCUGGUGGAACAUUGGCCAUUCCCAUUUUGGCUUUUGUCGCCUCCUUUUUUCUCUGGCCCUCAGCCCUCAUCAAAGUUUACUACUGGUACUGGAGGAGGACCCUGGGCCUGCAGGUGCGUCAUGCAGAAUGUGGAGGCUACCGCUUCUGCUACUCCUACAGAGGGAAGCCAGGCACCAGACCAUCAAUCCUCAUGCUGCAUGACUUCUCGGCUCACAAAGACACAUGGCUCACUGUAGUCAAGUAUCUGCCCAAACACCUGCACAUACUCUGUGUGGAUAUGCCUGGCCAUGAGGGAACCACACGCACCAAUGCAGAGGACUACUCCAUCCAGGGCCAGGUUAGAAGGAUACACCAGUUUGUGGAGACAAUUCGCCUGAACAGGAAGCCCUUUCAUCUGGUUGGAACCUCAAUGGGGGGCAAUGUAGCUGGGGUGUACGCUGCCUGUUACCCCUCAGACAUAUGUUACAUUACUCUCAUCUGUCCUGCUGGUAUACGGUACCCCAGUGAGACCAAAUUUGACAAUCAUCUCCAGGACCUAGAGCACAGUCAAUAUAGUCUGGGCAACCCUCUGAUUCCAUCCACACCUGAGGAUAUGGAGGACAUGCUCAGACUGUGUUCACACGUCCGCUUCAAGAUCCCACAACAGAUUCUUCAGGGAUUGGUGGAUGUUCGGCUUCCACAUAAUGAUUUUUAUCAUGAAGUUUUUAUGGAGAUUGUUGGUGAGAACUCCAGGUAUGCCUUACAGGAACAUUUGCAUCUCAUCACUGCCCCUUUGCAAGUUAUAUGGGGAACACGGGAUCAGGUGGUGGAUGUGUCUGGAGCUGCUGUGCUUGCAGAGGCCUUGACAGGGCCUUGUAGAGUGGAUGUACUGGAGAACUGUGGCCACUCGGUCGUCAUGGAGAGGCCUCGUAGGACAGCCAAACUCAUCAUGGAGUUCAUCAUCUCCCAAGGCACCAGUGGCAGCACCAAGAAACACUCAUGAAAACCAUGAGAACCAUGAGAAUUACUUUCAUGUGGUGACAUGAAACUAAUUGGCUUGUUUCAUCCUCUGUUAGUUUUUAAGUUGUUCUUUUGUAUUUUUUAAUCCCUUAAUAUGAAGCCAAACCUUAUUUCAAUUUACAAUUCUGUGUAAAUGCAUUGAUUAUUGUCGCGAUUGA